CCUGAAAUGAAAAAAAGUGUCAUACUCACUGAGCCCGACCACUGGAAUAUUGGCUCUCUUAUGACGUGCGAGAAAAUCGAGUCGGGUCACGAUAUAUCUCCCAAUAUUCUUUGCCAAUGGACUGACGACGGAUCGACAUACUGUUUACGUAAACGCUCAGUUCCAGGAUCAGAGCCUGGCGAUGGAGACUCGGAGGCGGGACAUAUAUACGACGUAAAUACCAGCGGCGUUUGGACUCUCAGCCCUAAUGUGUUUUGUAAAACACAGAGAUGGACGGAAGGAACAACAACCGACGCCGAGUCUAUUCGAUUUGUUAACAAAAACAUACCAUCUAUUCCAACUGAAAAGAUUAUAUACGAUUGGAUUGAUCACCGAUGGUAUCGCUGGUUUAUGCUUUCUUGGCGUGUUCCUGGAGAACGCUUUUUCGAAGCAUGGCCACAGCUUUCACUUAAUCAAAGGCUUGAUGUGGCA